GCUGGUUCAUUUUGGUGAGGUUCAGGUUCAGCGUCCGUCGUUUUAAUGCCUAGAAACAAUAUGCAAGCGCAAGUGGGCAAACGGACAGUGCGUCGGUGCUCGUCGAACCAUCGAGUUCCACGUGGCAGGCUGCGAACUUGGCAUGGCGCAGCUGUUACGUGGACUGUUAGCUUAUAAUGUGGAGGGCGGCCCACUAAAGCGCUCCUCUCUUCAGCCUCUCUUUCCAGAACACUUCCCCCCCCCCCUUCACAAUUCUUACAAUUAGAAACAGGUCGACAUACGGCUCUGAACAAUCCACGACACUAUACGACAGCAAAACACCAUCAUGCCCGAGCUAUCUAGGGACAAAAUCGUGGCCGUCAGCGACAUUCGUGCGGAUGGCACAACGUUGUCGGUACUAGAAACGCACACAGGCGAUCUAGCCAGUAUUUCGCCAGAAGAGCUGACAUUUAUUUUGGACUGCCUGCUAUAUAAUCUGCAUCAGCGAUGGUGCUGGCAGUUUCACAUCGCGAAGAAUGGACAUAUGGACAAAUUUGUUACGAUGUGCAAAAAGGUCAUAGACUGCGGAGCUAUCCUUGACCGGAACGACGUCGUCUACGACGGCAAGGUACUGGCACCUUGUUCACAUGUUUGGGCGAGCAAUGAACAGCGACUCAUCGAUUUGUUCUUGAGUGCUGGGGCUUCUAUUGAUACCGACCGAUUUGGACGGACGCCUCUGCACCUUUUAGCAUUGGCGUUUCAAGCAGAAGACUUCGACAACGGGGCAAUACAAUCACUUCUUGAUGCAGGAGUGGACAUGAAUGCGACAGACAAGGAAGGUCGGACUAUGUUCGACAUUGCCGUUCAGCCAGAUAUGCGGACCAAGGGGUCUAAAGAGACGAUUCAAAGGUUACAAGCUCUAGGUGCAAGAGCCAGCAAGGCGCAUUAGGGUUGUCUCUCAUGUACUUUCAUCUCCAAUUUGAGGGAUAAUAUGGAAGGUGUGCCCUCCAGGGCCAAGGCACGAUAAGAUAUGUCCGUGGUAGUGUAUGAUGGGUCGGUCGCAUAAGAUACACUUCCUCAGUUUGUGUACGGCAGAGGAUGAGUAUCUGCGCGGCUCGAGAAUAUCUCCGACUUGCUUUGUAGUCAUGACUAGCCGUGAUGAUGUGUUCACGGACCGGAACUCUCACAGUUUCACGGGCCAGCAAUGUUGCCGAAGUACCCCGGGUGCUGCAGUUGCCGUAGCUGAUGGAAGUAGGUCCGAAGGGUCCUGGCAAUGGCGGUUUUGCGAGCCUGGUCCAGGCUGCCCCUCAAGUUUAGAACACACGUGGUCCAAAACCACAAAUGCAUGCCUUCGUCAGCGGGGUGAGCCUGGUCCGUGACUAUAGGGUAACUGGGAAGGGACGCUAAUGAUUGGGCGACACAUU